AUGGAUCGCAAUAUACAAUUUGAAACUACACGAGCUGCCAGCGGCCAAAGCCAAGGCAACUCGAGUCCAAAUUAUCAUUAUGGCAACUAUCAUCGGAGGUCAGAUUCAGUGGAUUUUGGAAGACGUGGAAGUACAAUAUCAAUGCUUUCAUUGCAGCAUUCUAUUCCGAGUAAUACAAAUACACCACCCACCUCGCCCCAAAACCAGUAUAGACCCAACUUUGUAAAGCAAAGACAAUCAUUAGAACAACUACAAUCACCUUUAGACUUGGUUCCUGAAUCACAAAUGAUAGACUUAGACAGGAUUACUCAAGAGUAUAGAAGACAGCAACGGGUACUCAAUGAGGCGGAGAUCAAGUGGUGCAAUUUUUUAAAGGAAAUGCCUGUUGAGACCCAAUGGCGGGCUGGUAAAUCGAGUGUGAAUCUACCGGAGACAUCGGAAAUGCUAUUGAACAAAUUCAACUCUGAUUAUAAUAUACUGGACAGCUGUGACACAUCAACACUGAAGGAGAAUGCAUUGAGGCGUGCAUUGGGUCGAUUUAGAAAUUCAAGUAGAGCAUUAGUUAAACUUAGAGCAGGAUCUAAUAGAGAUGAACGCAGUCGUUGA